AUGAAGCUCCUUCUCUGCCUUCUUGCUGUCCUCACCUGCGCUAUCGCCUCCCCAAUUUUGCCCGACAAGACUUCAAAGACCUUCAAGCUCAAAUUUCUUGUCCUCUCCCCUCCCAAUUCAUCCUUCAACAACCUCUACCUCGAACCCUAUCACAUCUACCCAGGCGCCAAUUACGCUGUCCUUUCGCCCAAAAGCGCUACUGAUCCUGGCGUCAUCGGCUACCUGAACGGCACCGCCGCAGAUUUUGCAGACGAAAACACGGAUUUAUUGUUCAAUGGCAAUCCUGCCCCCUACGGAUUCAUUAUUGAUUCGGUCAAUGCUACGUACAAUCCUAUCCUGAUCAAUGCGGGGAAGGGGACCACAGGCAUCUUCAUCGAUCAGGGUAUCAUCAAGUACCAUAAUCCCAUCUCUGGGGGGUUCUGUGCUUGCAACAACACGCUUGAAUAUGGACCAGCGGUGCAGCUCUUUUACAAGCCUAAGGUCAUCAACACGCCGACGGCUUGCUCGGAUGUAGAACUGGUGGUUGAGUGUGUCGAAUAG